AUUUUCCUUUCGAGCCAACGCGUUUGUUGCAAGCCGACGGGAGCGCACUUGAAUGACGACUCGAGUCGCAAGCACGCUCAGCGUGAAGUCACCGACCGGCGCUUCCAGAGAGUUCUGCAGGCAUGGCUGGUGACAGGCGUGACGAGGCGCUCGCCGCUAAGGAAGCCGGCAAUGCGGCGUACCGCAAACGGGAGUUCGAUGCUGCGCUCCAGCACUACGACAAGGCCAUCGAGCUGGACCCGACCGACAUGUCGUUCAGGACCAACAAAGCCGCUGUUUAUUUCGAGCAGAAGGACUACCAAAAAUGCAUCGCGGAAUGCAAUCAAGCCAUCGAAGUUGGCCGUGAGAACAGGGCAGACUUCAAGCUUAUUGCAAAGGCCUAUGCACGAAUGGCUGGAGCAUACGUCAAGUUAGAGGACUACCCCAACGCUAGGACCUACUACCAAAAGUCCCUGACAGAGCACCGGAUACCAGACACGUUGUCCAAGCUUAGUGAGGUUGAGAAAAUCAUCAAGGAGCAGGAGAGAAAAGCGUAUAUCAAUCCAGAAAUAUCACUCGAAGAGAAGAACCAGGGAAAUGCGUGCUUUCAGAAAGGCGACUACCCCUCAGCAGUGCGCCACUACACAGAGGCGAUCAAGCGUAACCCAGACGAUGCCCGACUGUACAGCAACCGGGCCGCCUGCUACCAGAAGCUAGCAGAGUUCCAGCUGGCCCUCAAGGACUGCGAGGAGUGCAUACGCCUGGACCCAGAAUUCCUGAAGGGGUAUGUUAGGAAAGGAAUGGCUCUCAUGGCGAUGAAGGAGCACUCCAAGGCACUCAAUGCAUUCCAGAAAGCCCUGGAGAUUGACCCGAACAACCAGGAUGCGCUGGACGGCUACAAGCGGUGCCUGAUGGCAUCCGACGCGGAUCCAGAGGAAGUUCGCAAGCGUGCCAUGGCGGAUCCGGAGGUGCAGAAGAUCUUGGGAGACCCCGCCAUGCGCAUCAUCCUUGAGCAGAUGCAGAGUGACCCUAGGGCAUUGCAGGAGCACCUGAAGAAUCCAGACAUUGCCGCCAAGAUCCAGAAACUCUUGGAGUCCGGACUCAUUGCCAUUCGCUGACAAGACAAUCCAGAGCGAAUGUAAAAGAAAAGCAACACUGCCUCGCCACUUAGCCGCAGGACUGGACGUGACGAGCGAAUGUCGCCUGUUUCUUGGGACAAUGUAACAUCCUCAGACUGCUCCCUUGAGGCCACUCUUGCUUAUAUAACGUCAAGUGUCUUCUCUCUUUUUCUUUUUUCGGUUUUUUUUUUUUUACCUUUUGUGUACAAUUUGCAGAGGGCACUUUGUAUCUCAGUCUCGCAUUGUGUUUUUUUGACACAUUAAAACAAACUCUGUUGCA